AUAUAGAACUCCAAUGCUUUUAGCAAUUUUCAUUGAAAUAUUAUCAAUUUGUUGCCUCCAAGACAAGUUUUCAUCUAUUAUAACUCCUAAGAAUUUUGUAUUUUUUUCUCUUUUUAUUACUGUACUGUCAAUAUAUAAGUCAGGAAGCUCGAAUAAGACUGGGGUCAAUCUUGUCAUCGAGUACCUUCUAGACGUGUAAUACGCAUAAAAUCAGUUGCAUACGUGGUAAAUAUUUGUGAAGUAUUUGCUUGUGAUUUUCAUUAAGAAAAACAUUGGUUGUCUAAAGGAUAAUGGAUGUAGCAUGAAAAAAGAUAAAUUAGUUUAUUUUUCGAUUGGAAGAAAAAUGACAUCAAAACCUCAAAGGUCCCUAUGGUAAAUAACCAGUUUAUAUUCAAUGUCGGAGAAAUAUUUUUCAGGAAACAGACGUCUGUGUAAACUUUUUGUUCUGCUAACUAUUUCUUGUUCAAUCGUAUAUUUUUUUUCAUUAUUUAUUAUUUUAUCAAAGAUAAUUUACAAUAAAUUUAAUUAUACCGUACCAAUUUAUCUGGAGCAGCAUCUAUUUCAACAGCAGAAAUACCAAUAUCAACAGUUACAACAGCCACAACAAGUCAGUGAAUUAAAAAUUGUAAUUCCGUUUCACAUAAAACAACUGGACAAAGUGCUUGAUAACAUAAACAAAUGGAAGAUAUUUCAACCGUGUGAUAUGAUAAAUUUUAACAACAAAAGCGUUGAGUUAAUAUUUUACGUUGGCUACACCAAUGAGGAGCAAAGUUUUCUCAGAAACCUGAGUUCAAUCAUGUCAAAAAACAUUGACUGUUUUGUCAAUAAACAUGAAGUUUUUUUCAAGUACAAUAACAAAGAUGAGGAUCAGCACGUGAAAGGUGCUAGAUUAAUGUUUGAAUCAAUGCUUAACAGAAGUAAUGAACAUUUUAAUCGUACAUCUUUUGUGUUUUACAUGGAACCGGAUGUACGGCCAAUUAAAUCCAACUGGUUAAACGCUCUAAUGAAGGAGAUUGGCAAUGGAAACUUUUGGAUCAAAGGGUCUUGUUUCCGAGGUGACAUAAACAAGUUCAAAAAAAAUGAUCCCUACAUUCCUAACUAUAUGCACAUAAAUGGUAAUGCUCUCUACAAUCUUGGUAGCGAUGAUUUCAAGCAUUUCUAUUUUAGCAUACUUCGUCCCUAUGUGAUUAAAAAAAAUGGCGAUAGCAAAAAUGCAUACGACACUGACUUUUUUGAGUUUUUUUUUGACAAAAAUAACUACGAAAUAACACGAAACGUUGUCCAUCAGUUUCAUAUGUCUGAUUUUGUUCAAAACUAUUGGCAAACCGAAUUUGAAGUAAAAUUUUUAGAGAAAAAGUUUCCCAAUACUUAUUUUGUGCACGGCGGAUUUCCGCGCUAUUAAAAAGAUUUUUUUUAUUUUUCGUUUAAAUGAAAGUACUUGAAAAGUACUAUCGCUGUUCAAUUAUGUAGACGAUAUUUUAAUUUUGUUUUUAAUAAAUUAGUUUUUUA